AUGGCCCACCUUGCUUCUCUAAAUCACUACUACAACUACUACAACUACUACAACUACUACAACUACUACAACUACUACAACUACUACAACUACUACAACUACUACAACUACUACAACUACUACAACUACCGCGAAUUCCAAUCCAAAUCCCAGCGAAUCGCUCCGCUUCCAGUCCAUGCGUCGCCUCUUCACCACCAUCUGGCGCGGAAGCGGCGUGCCGAAUUGCUACGGCGCCGGCGAGCGGUUAUCUAUCUGCUGAUGACCGUGCAGCCGACGCACUUUCUCGCCGAAUACAUGUUCCGCACGUACUUUGGGCUGCUCUUCGCGGACACCGCGCUGGCGGCGCCGGGCCCGGACAUCAACGUCAACGGUGAUCGUGGUGCGAUGGCGGCGCUCCGUGGAUUCGACGCGGUCUUUGCGGGCGUUGCGUUGUCCCGGAGUAUUAUGAUCCGCAGGACUGGCAGUCGUAUGUCGGGCAUGAUCUGUUGCAACCGGUUGACGAUGAACUUGAUCCGGUGA